AUGCUGAAUGCAGGACUGAUAAGGAAGAAGAAGCGACCAGCUGAGGAGAUGAAUGGGGGAGCAGUCGAGGCAAGGUCCAAAGGGUCUGGCAUCACUACGCUCUCUGGAGGGCUGGUGAGGAAACGGGCGAAGGUUGCUGGCCACAUAGGACCGGUGCUUACGGAAGAUACUCAAAGCAAUGGAAAGACCGAGCCUGGCUGA